AAUGCGGAAGAACGACAGUAUCUUGAUCUCUGUCGACACAUUUUGGAUCACGGCGUGCAUCGCGGAGAUCGCACCGGCACCGGCACCCUUAGUCAGUUCGGGACGCAAAUGCGCUUUUCCCUACGGGACGGGACUCUCCCCCUCCUCACUACCAAACGUGUCUUCUGGAGAGGCGUCGCUGAAGAACUCCUCUGGUUCGUUGCGGGCAAUACCAACGCCAACGAUUUGGCCGCCAAAGAUAUUCGCAUUUGGGACGGGAACGGUUCACCUGACUUUCUCGACAGUUGGGGAUUGGGGCAUCGAGAAGUGGGCGAUUUGGGACCCGUCUACGGCUUCCAGUGGCGCCAUUUCGGUGCCACCUACGGGACCAUACACGACGAUUAUACCGGAAAGGGCGUGGAUCAGUUGGCCGAAUGCAUCGACAAGAUCAAGAACAAUCCCGAAGACCGACGUAUUAUCUUGUCGGCCUGGAAUCCUGCUGAUCUCGAACUCAUGGCGCUCCCGCCCUGCCACAUGUUUCGUCAAUUUUACGUCGAUACCGAAAAGAACGAAUUGUCUUGUCAAAUGUACCAACGCAGUGCCGACAUGGGUCUCGGGGUGCCGUUCAACAUUGCGUCGUACGCUUUACUCACGCACAUGAUAGCCCAUGUG